AUGAGAACAAUUCGUUCUAUACCUGUCUCACCAAUAAUAUUAUAUGAUAACAUAGAUCCCACAUGUAGGACAACCAAUUGUAACAAGCAUGGUACAUGUUUAAUUGGUAAAUGUUUUUGUUAUCCUGGUUACACUGGAAAUAAUUGUUCUCAGCAAUGGAAUUUAUCAGCACCUAAAUCAUGUACAGCUACAUCAGAUGAUUGCUUUUAUCAUCCAGAAUAUGGAAUUGGAGAAAUAUCAUAUGACAGAUGGAUACAUGCUCUUAGUGCAGAGAAAAAAAUGUGGAGUGGGGACGCUAGAGAUGAUCGUAGUUCGGAUCAUUUAGCUGGUUUUAAUAAUUAUAAAAAGUUACCAAAUAAUUUAGGUGAUGUUUUAGAACUUGGAUCUGGUCCAUUUACACAAACAAGACCAAUACUAAAUUUAAAAAAUCGUCAAUUUUAUAUUAAAUCAAUAACAUUAUGGGAGCCAUCAGCUGUUCAUUAUGUUCAAUAUGUAAAAAACUGUGUUUAUAAAAAUGGAACAAUAAUAGGCUUUCCUAAUAUAACAACAAUCAUUGUUUCAGCUGGUGCAGAACAAUUAAGAUUUAUGAACUCGUAUGAUACUAUAAUUAUAAUUAACGUAUUAGAACAUGUACAAAAUGCAUAUGAAAUUUUACAAAAUAUUUAUAAUGCACUUCGUCCGAAUGGUACUCUUGUACUUGGUGAACGAUGGUGGGAUCAUUAUAACUGGAAUACAUCUAUUACUGAUCUUGAUCGAAUAUUACAUCCAAUACGUAUAAAAUAUCGAGUUUGGGAAUAUUUUACAAAUUUUUUCAAACCUCUAUAUGAUGCACGAAAUCAUCAUUCAUAUUUGCAAUAUGGUGGUAACGUUUCAUCAUCUGAAAUGGCUGGUACUUAUGAUAAUGAACAACAAAGAAUGAUUGACAGGAUCAAAUGCAUUGCUUUUCGUGAAGCUCGUGAUGCUGGUGCAACAUUUAUAAAUAGGCAAUGGAUUGCGGACAAAAUUCACCGCACAACUCGAUUUGUCACAGAUUGGUGGGAAAAGUCAUAUGACCAAUGCUUUGCUGACUAUUCAAAUGUUGGUGCUAAACUUAAAUUAUCAGAAGCUGGUCAAGAUAUCAUUCGUAAAGCAAGUGGUCAACAAAGAAAAAGCUGUUCUGUUGUGACGAAGGAGAUUGCAGAAAAGCAAAAAGGAUAUGUCACUCGAAGAACAGUUAAUAAUUACCGUCAUAGAGAAGGAUUAAAACCAUUUCAUGUUAUUCCAUAA